AUGAAAGCCCCCAAUUGUACUUCCCCAAAUUUGAGCAACAGAAAGGAGGAGGAAAACAAAUGCAGAGCCAAGAGCGGUACCAAAUUGAACUAUGCAAAGGAAAAGGAACAUAAAAAGAUUACCACCUUGGUGAAAAUGCGCAAAGAGGACACAGACACAAAACAAACAAAUAAAAAAAAGGUGAACUCAAAUGGAAUAACGAAAGGUGAAGGGAAUUCCAUAGACGUCACCAAAGUAGAAGAAAAUAUAAAAAAAAUUGAAAAAUCGAUGAACAAAUUAGAAGAGAUAGAAAAAAAAAUCAUCGAUGAUAUUAACGAAUGUAACAAGUACAUCGAAGUUUAUGAAAAAGCGAAGACCCUUUUAGACUCCAAAGAUUUUGACAGUGAUGUAGGGAGGGAAGAAGAAAUUGAAGAAAUCAAAAAAAUACUUAAAAGGUGCUCCAAAAAUGUAGACGGUGAAGGCAUAUUUCUGACAGGCCCCAGUGGUCAAGGAAAAACAUACAGCAUAUUUUACAUCAUCAAGGAGAUAGAAAAAGAGAAGGAAAAAGAUCAGAAGGUGGAGGACAAAAAGAAGAAGAAAGAAAAUACACCCAUGCAGAAUUAUAAAAAUAUCGACGCUUCCUAUUUUUAUGUUUCUUGCUCCAAUAGCCAAAAACCAUAUGAUAUAUUUGUAGACAUCCUACAACAGAUAAUAAAGAAGGACAAAAAGUCCAUUCUCAGUAACGUCAAACAAAAGUACAACUUAAAUGGCCUGGAGGAGGUGAAGAAGGUGUUCAUUAAUUAUACAAGCAAAUUAAGCAAUUUAAAAAUCGUCAUUGUGGAUGAAUUAGAUUUUAUUGCAACGAAAAAUGUACGAGUUGAAUUAAAGACAAAAAAUGUUAACAAGAACAUCAAUGAAGAUGUAGUCAAAAAUCUCUUCGAAUGCGUCCAAACGGCAAACAGUAAAAUAAUACUCGUUGGAAUUGCCAACAGCUUGGAUCUAAUAAAAGACUACAGACACAUGAAAAUUAACCAAAUUAUUUACAAACCGUACAAUGAAAAGCAAUUCAUGAGCAUAGUUAGAAAUAAAUUAAACACUUUGGAGGAAGAAUUUGUCACCAAAAUUUUCAAAGGAGUGUCACUAAAUAUACACGUUCGACAAAUUUCUAACCGAAACGGGGACAUCAGAUCGUGCUUUGAUGCCAUCUUGAGAGUUUUCACUGAUAAAAAAUCCGACCUCGAUGAGAGAAAAAAAAAUUUAACCAAAUUGAAAGAAGAAGUUAUGAUGAAUAAAAUAUUCAGUAGGCAGGAGAAGAGAAACCUCUUUCUGCUCCUAGCCGAUCAGGAGGAGGAUCACUCAACGGACGUGUUCAACGGGGACGAUAGCGAAUACAGCGAAAGUGAAAAACCCGACGUGGAGACGCACAAAAAAGGGAAACGAAAGGCGACAAACGAAAAGGCAGAUCAAGCAAACGACACAUACUGCGAGAACAGCCAAACUCACAGAACAAUUAAAAAGCAAAAGGUACACGUAAAGAAUAUCUCCAAUUUGAAGAACCAAUCCGGUUCCGACCAGACAGAGGACAACUUUUUCCUGGAGAAGAAUCUUGCCAACAAAUUCAGCGAUAAGGCAAAAAAUCUAAAAUUCACAGAUCAGAAAAAUGAAUUUUCCAUCGGAUACGAAACGCUAAAGAAGGAGGUCAUCAAAAUACAAAACAACAACGAAACGUUAAGUGAAAUUUUGAUAAGAAAAAAUUUCAACGCAAAUGAUAAUGCCUCUUUUUACAACUCCAGUCAAUGCACACCCAAGCGGUGCUAUGAAAGCCCCUUCAAGGUCCUAUAUAAAAAUGACAUAGACAGAGAAAUCCCCCAUUUUAAGGAUAAAAAGGAAAUACUACAAAAUAUAAACAUGGACAAAUUACAAUCGUUUGAUGUGAUCGUUGACAAUCAAAUAAAAAGCAUCGAAAAGAAGUAUCACGAUUUUGUUGACACGGCAAAGGAUAACGCUGUAAUGAUUUCGGACAUAAAAAAAAUUACAGACAAAAUCCCAUUAGAGGAACAUAAAGAUAUACUUUUCAAAAUUAAGAGCCUCCCUUUAAUUCAAAAAUUUUACCUCUACGCUUCAUGCAAUGUCGUGAAUGAUACACAUUUAAAUUCGGAUGAUGAGGAAGACGACUGUGAGGAAAAGAAGCAGAGUCCAAACCAGUUCAUCGAAAUUACCUAUGCUGAUAUACAACGAGGGUUUAGAAGCCUCUGCAGCAACCUAUCGGAGACCUCCUACAUAAGGGACAUUCUAGAGGGAAAUACUAUUGACCAGGCCAUCGAACAUUUUGAAGAACUUGGCAUUCUAACUAAUUGUAAAAAGAACCAAAAAAUUAAAGAAAGAAAAAGCGUCGUGAAAGUCCCUAAAGGCUUAACUCCCAGAUUUGCAAACAUGAAAAACAACAAAAAUUUUUCAUCGCAGAAUAAGAUGAACACCGUGUACUACUUCAACCUCCCCGUGUGUGUAAUUAAGCAGACGCUCAAGGAAAUCUCCUCCAUACUUUCGAGCUUUGACCGGAGUUCCCAGUUCUGA